AGACCGGGUAUGGUUGUCUCACGGGUUGGUUGUCACAGCGGCCAUAACACAAAAACGAACGAACGAAUGAGUCUAUUGAAUGACGUCACAAGAGCGCAACAGCAAUACCUCGCUCCCCACCUCAAGUCAGUGGCCUCCGAAAUGCCGUGACGACAACACGUACGUUUGUUUUUUUCGCACAGUGAAAGUAAAUUUUUGUGCCACUGCAUCGAACCUCGAUAUAAAACCUGCGGGAUUUGUCCAUUCAAUAGAGACAUAUUUCAAGAGCAUGAUUAUAUGCCAUCUUCUGUCACGGAUAGACCAUUAAUUACGGUUCAAGAUAAUGAGAUUGUUCCCAAUGUCAUCGACAAUUCAUCACAUAAUUGUCCUACUGAAGACAACAACACUAGCCCUAACGAACCUGUUGCAAGUCCAUCUAUUCUUGAUAACCCUGCAUUGCCAGAAGAUAAUAAUGACUUUGUUGAUCGUGCAAUGACGCCAGAAGCAACACGUCAGAGUCAAGUUUUAGAGGAGUCCAUGGCGAUACCUGGUCCAAGUGGUGUAAGAACUUUUCUGACUGUAUCACCCCAAAUUUUGAAACCACUACCAAAAGCACCUCCACGCAAAUUGCAACGAGCUGAUAAAAGAAAAUGUAAAUCAGCAAUCCUAACAGAUACACCGGAAAAGACAUAUUUAGAAGAGAAAAAAAAGGAACAAGAUGCGAAGAAAAAAAAAGUAUCGAAAAGAGUUUUGAGUGAGAAAAAUGAAAAGAAAAGAGUUACUAAAGGGAAUAAGAAAAGGAGGAAAUCUGUUGACAGUCAAGAGAGUGAAAUUGAGAAUGAAUAUUUCUGUUUAGUGUGUCUGUCGCCAUACUCAGCUAGCAGGUCUAGAGAAGUAUGGGUCCAAUGUCAGGAUUGCAAGCUUUGGGCCCAUGAAGAAUGCACGCCUGGACUACCAAAUUACAUUUGUCAAAAUUGUGACUCUGAAUAUUCAGACUGAUAUGAAUACUGAUCAUAACUUCAUUAGGUUAAGGAUAUUUGAUAAAAACAUAUUUUGUAAGUCACUGACUGAUUAAAAAAACGUCCCAAAUAUUUGCUUAUAAAUAGGUAACUAUACUAUUAUUUUAUAUUUUGUUAUUUUUUGUUUUCUUAGAGAGGUCUAAUAACAAUAAGUGUUAAGUAUAUUAAAAAAUAUUAUAUUUGCUUAAAGCAAGUUUAAGUUCCUCUUGUUUGGUAAAUUAUGACUCUGAAUACCUAUUCAGAGUAAUAUGCAGAAUAACAGUUUGGUCUAAUGACUGAUUAGUAGCUACAUAAGAGAUAAAUGAUUGAUUAUGAUAAUAAAACGUACAAAUAAUAAUGACCUGAGGCCAAAGUGACUAGGUUAAAACUUACAAUAAUGAUUGUUUUUAUGUUAAGCUUUUAAUUUCAAAGAAAAAAACCUGUUGAGUGCAAUUAUACGUAUGUUAAAGAUUACUGCCUGUAUUUGUUAUUAAAAUAAAUACUUUUUUGAUUCAAAUAAGUGUCUUUUUUCUCAUAAACUCUAUGUAAUUUUAUUUGUGACUUCUUACCCCAUAUACUGUGACAACCAUCCCAGACUCGGGGUUAAAAGUCACACUUCUCUCUUUUAGAAAAAUGUUGUUUUUUUG